CUGAAGAUCUAUUCUUAACUUAGCUAGCCAUUUCCAGAUAAUAAACUUUAUUUUUUGUUUAAAACUGUGGCAAAUCCUUACAUGUGUCAACGUUGUUGAAAUUGUGUUUUUUUUCAUAUCUUCUAGCGCAAGAAGUUUGUGUUCGUUCGUCCGGGGAGUUUCACUACAGCUGAUUCUACUCUAUUAUGUCAACCAACACAUCGAGCUUCAUCGAUCCCGACUUAAUGAAGGGCGUAGAGGUGUUUCGCAAUAUUCUGAAGAAGGCACGAGCAAUUAUUGCCUUGACAGGUGCUGGAGUGUCGGCAGAGAGUGGAGUACCUACUUUUCGAGGGUCUGGAGGGUUGUGGCGUACAUACCAAGCGACGGAUUUAGCAACUCCUCAAGCGUUCCGUAAAGAUCCAGUGCUUGUUUGGCAGUUCUACCAUUACCGAAGAGAGCUAGUGUUUAGUAAGAGUCCGAAUCCUGCUCAUGAAGCCUUAGCACGUUUUGAAAAAGAAUGUAAAUCAUCAGGAAAACAAUUUACGCUUAUAACACAAAAUGUGGACGGUCUGCACCAGCGUGCCGGAUCGGAAAAUGUAAUCGAAUUACAUGGUUCUUUGUACAAGGUGCGAUGUACAGAGUGCAACGUGAUCUCUGACAAUCAUAACAGUCCUGUUUGUGCGGGCUUGGCAAAAGAAACGACUAGUUUAGACGAACUUCCCCAUUGUGGUAGGCCAGGUUGUGGCGGUCUUCUUCGACCCCAUAUAGUUUGGUUUGGGGAAAGUCUUGAACCGGAAGUCAUAGAAAAAGCCCGAAAGGCGCUGGAUAAUUGCGAUUGCUGCCUCGUCGUCGGCACCUCUUCGGUAGUUUAUCCAGCAGCAAUGUUUGCUCCAGAGUUAGCCAGAAGGCUAGUUCCCGUUGCAGAGUUUAACAUUCAAACGACUCCAGAGACAGGAAAUUUUCAAUUUGUAUUUCAAGGACCCGCAGGUGAGACUCUUCCAAAAGUUCUCAACCUAAACUUAUCGACUUAGUCAAUGAUUCUUCUCGCAAGUGGGAAGGGCAGUUCUCAGUGUUGCGGAAAAUACCAUUAUUCUUAUUCGGUUGGUUAUUGUAGAAUAACUUUUAUGAAGUGCCGCUGUUAUUUUAAUUUAUAUGUCGGACACUUAUAAAAAAAUAUAUAUAUGUAACUGCAAAGAGGCAUGAUAUUAAAUGUUUGAUUUACACCUGUCUACAGCGCGUGUUUCAUAUAACUGCACCAUGUAUACAGGGUAAAUAAAGCAUGACCUUUAAGUCAAGCAUUGAAGAAAUAUUUUUAGUUGCCCGCAAUCUAUGGUCUGCAAGAUUACGAGUGGCUAAGCAGCUUUCAAAGAGUUCAAGAAAGAUUCAAGUAACAGUGCAAAUAAUUAAAAAAAAAAACAUAAAACUUGAAAGCUGAUACAAUUUUAGAAAUCUGCACAUUUAAUAAUACUGAUAUAUUAGGGUUUUACCAGCUGUUUUUUGAGGUGAGUAUAGCGUUUUAAUCACCAUGAAUUAGUAAAUGUGGCUAUGUUUCUUUAGUUGCUUUGAGAGAGCGAAAGCUAUUAUAGAAAAGGAUGACUGAGGUAUUUUAAAGGCGCAUAGGCACUGUGCAGAAUGGAAUAUUACACGUUUUAAGAUAUAUAGAACCGGCUUGCAACAACUAUUCAGUGGAAAAACUAAUUUUCUUCCAAUUUAACAAGCUUACAAGACAAAAACACAAGUGGACAAGGACUUACGGGAAACUUAACGUUAUAGUUGUGAAUUGAUCAUAUGAGGCGUAGUGGGCUACGAAUUUAACGUAUUUCGGUACGUCGAUAUCGGGGCAUCACUUCCAACCGUGAUCAAGUGUAUCUAAAAAUUUUGUAAAAUACUGAUGCGUUGUUUUGGACAAAAACUGAUAAAAUUAUUUAAAUGAUAAAAUAGUUUUAAAUGAUAUAUAAGCAUGUUUGCUUAUACAUUAUUUAACCUGAUGUACUUGGUGUAUAUGCUUUAUCCAUAAGUUAAUUUAAUGUUGUUGAAAGCAGUCCUUACCAUAAAAGAAAAAUUAAUUAUAUUAAACUGUGGUUGCCACAGGCUUCAGUGACUUAAAAGGGCUCUGUAACAAUUUAUUACUAUAAAAUUAAAGACACCAUAUAAUCUUGGCGAAAAAGCCAAUCGUUCAACAAAGCUAAAAGUAAAUUUUAUUUUUCAAUAAAUAACUGUGAUAUUGGCUAGAGGAGGCGAUCACGUCAAGAUAGCUAAGUCAAAUGUUAUGAUUCUUCUAAUGUAAGUCCAUAUGAACUUCCGCUGGGUAGGAUAAAGCCGGCAUUUAAAUCGCCUAAAUAUCGGUUGUUGUACGGAUUGCGUUU